AUGAUUUACCAUUCCAACAAAUUAUUUGGAGAGAAAAUUCAUCACAGCCAAUUCAAAUGCUUACGUCAGCUCGCUGAUGAUAACUCAGAAAACCUUCCUCAAGGCUCAGAAAUCCUUAAAUUGAAUACAUAUGUGGAUGAUAUCUUCUCUGGAGCAAAUAGCAUAGACAAAGUUCACGAAAUAAUCUUCGAGCUCAAUAAAAUUCUAAAAUCAGCUGGUUUCACUGCAAGGAAGUGGGUUUCAAAUCAUCAAGAUGCUCUUGUUCAUUUACCUUUAGAUGUAUUAUCUAAUGCCCAUACUUAUUCAGUUGAAGAAGAUAAUAAACUACGCGCCUUGGGUUUAUUAUGGAAUAACAUUGAAGAUCAGUUUUUAUUCGUUUGUCGCGCUUCUUAUAACAUGUCCAAAUCGACAACCAAACGUGAAGUUCUGUCUUUUAUUGCUCGUUUAUUCGACCCUCUCGGUUGGCUUUCUCCACUGACAAUUAUUGCAAAAGUUUUUAUGCAACAACUAUGGGUGCAACAUCUCGAUUGGGAUGAGAAUCUCCCUAAUAAUCUGGAAGAAAAGUGGCAGACAUUCAUAAAAAGUUAUAAUCAAAUUCCGACAAUUCAUGUACCCAGAUGGCUUGGGACUUCCGAUAGAACUGAAUCAAUCGAAGUUCACGGGUUUUCUGACGCUUCCUUCGACGCGUACGGGGCAGUCGUAUAUCUUCGCGUUUUAACAAAUAAAGAAGUGCGCGUUUCGUUACUAAUUUCAAAAUCAAAAGUGUCGCCUCUAAAACGCGUUACCAUUCCCCGUCUCGAACUAUGUGCGGCAGUUCUGCUUACUCGUUUAAUUAAACGUGUUCAAAACGUGUUAAAUCUCUCAGACUGUCCGGUGCACUUGUGGACUGAUUCAACAGUGGUUCUUGCAUGGAUUAAAAGUCAUCCAUCUCGAUGGAAGGACUACGUAAGAAAUAGAGUCACAGAGAUUCACGAGUUGGUCAACGUUCAAUGGCAUCACGUACCAAGUGGUGACAACCCAGCGGAUUUGGUUUCUCGAGGUGUUUCCGUGGCCAAAUUACAAGAAAAUUCUCUUUGGUGGGUUGGACCUUCAUGGCUUGUCGCAUCUCCCUCUGAGUGGCCAUCAAUUCAUCUCAAUUCUUCUGAUGAGACUGAUCUGGAAAGAAGACUGAAAAGUUCAAAUAUUUCAACUAAAGCUGAUGAUGGUUGGGACCUAAAACAUCGCUAUUCUUCCCUGAGAAGACUGCUUCGUAUCACCGCGUGGUGUAUGAGAAUUUUUAAAAGAAAUAAUCUUUAUUCUCAUGUUUCAGACGUUCUAUCUCCUGCCGAAAUUAAUAAUGCUCUAAUGUUUUGGGUUCGAGAGAGUCAGCAGCUUCAAUUUUCCGAAGAAAUUACCUUAUUAUCGUCAAAAAGAGUCAUUCCAAAAUCAAGUUCCCUCUUCCGACUGUCUCCGUUCAUUGAUGGCAAUGGGUUUCUCCGAAUAACUGGACGUCUCAAAUUCGCCAACUUGGAAUAUGAUGAAAAACAUCCUAUUAUCAUCCCCAAGCUGUCAGUUAUCACAAGUCUCAUCAUUGAUCAUCACCAUAAAUCUACACUUCAUGGAGGUACACAACUUACCUUGUCUUCAAUCCGACGACGAUUUUGGGUGGUUGGUGGUCGUGUUCCUGUUCGUUCUUAUAUCAAUAGAUGUAUGGUGUGUGCGAAACAUAAAGUUAUAACCAGCCAACAACUAAUGGGACAGCUUCCUCCUGCCCGAGUGAAUCAAUCCCGACCAUUUUUACACUCUGGCGUCGAUUAUGCAGGACCAUUUCAAUUACGAACAAUGAGAGGACGAGGUGGUAAACUCUAUAAGGGUUAUUUGAUCAUUUUCAUUUGUUUAAGUACAUCAGCGGUUCACCUGGACGUCGUUACCGAUUAUACCACUGAUGGAUUUCUUGCCGCCUACAAAAGAUUCACCGGCCGUAGAGGAAUAUGUGAAUGCCUCUAUAGUGAUUGUGGUACAAACCUGAUCGGAGCCGAUAGAGAACUUCGAGCUCUUUUCAACAAAUCUUCCAAUGAAUGGAAACAUCUAGCGAACAUUCUAAGCAACGAUGGUACAAACUGGAAGUUUAAUCCGCCUUCAGCGCCUCACUUUGGCGGAAAAUGGGAAGGAAAUAUCAGAAUUGUUAAAAGUCACUUAAAGAAAAUCAUUGGUUUUACUACACUCACGUAUGAAGAAUUCGUUACUGUCUUAGUUCAAAUUGAAGCCGUUAUGAAUUCACGGCCUCUCUGCGCAGUUUCCAAUGAUCCUCUUAAUUACGAUGUACUUACACCCGGUCACUUUUUGAUUGGAAGUUCUCUAGCCGUUGUACCUGAACCAUCUCUUCUUGAUUUCAAAACCUCUCGUCUCUCCAGAUGGCAACAUCUAAGACAAAUGAUUGAAAGCUUUUGGAAACAUUGGUCCGUUUAUUACCUCCAAUCUAUACAAAACGCCAGUAAGUGGUUCGAAGCCAAGAAUAUUCCACAGUUAGGACGGUUAGUCUUAAUUAAAGAUGAACGUCUUCCUCCUUCGAAAUGGGCUAUUGCGCGAAUAACAGAAAUGCACUCUGGUCCUGAUGGUCGCAUAAGAGUUGUAACUUUACGAACACCAACAACGACACUCACGCGGCCCAUAACAAAAAUUUGUUUAUUACCGGAAGUUGAAACCGAUGACAGCGAUACUCAAUAA